GCCCUUUCCGAACUGAAAGCGGGUGUGAUGGCUGGUAGUAACUCUAAGGACGCAGGUUUGUCAUUUAAUAGCCUUCUACACCUUCAAGGUGGGCUAUCAAGUGGGAGUCCUGAGAUGGAGUUUUAUACUUGGGUAAAUAAUUUAAGCAGCCCUGAGACACGAGAAAAGGCCUUAUUAGAACUUUGUAAAAUGCGCGAAACUCUCCCAGAUUUUGCUCCUUUGCUGUGGUAUUCGUUUGGUACUGUGGCUGCACUUCUGCAGGAAAUUACUGCUGUAUAUCCCUUUAUUAGCCCUCCAAAUCUAACCGCCCAUCAGUCGAAUCGAGUGUGCAAUGCGCUUGCCCUUUUGCAAUGUCUUGCUUCGCACCCAGUUACGCGUACCGAAUUUCUCAAGGCUCAGAUACCACUAUACCUAUACAAUUUUCUUAGCACUACCAGUCGGAAUCGACCAUUUGAAUAUUUACGACUCACUAGUCUGGGUGUCAUUGGGGCUCUUGCCAAAACCGACGAGCCGGAUGCCAUCAGCUUUCUCCUCAACACCGAGAUAAUUCCACUCUGCCUCCACAUCAUGGAGACAGGCAGUGAAUUAAGCAAAACGGUGGCAACCUUCAUAAUGCAGAAACUCCUGCAGGAUAACAACGGGCUAGAUUACAUCUGCCAUACCUACGAACGAUUUGCCCACGUUGCCACCGUUCUCUCCACCAUGGUUGAGCAAUUGGCAAAGGAACAGUCCACUCGGCUACUAAAGCAUGUCAUCCGUUGCUACCAACGCCUUUGCGAUAACAGUCGAGCGCGUGAUGCUUUGCGCAACUGUUUGCCAGAGGCUCUGCGCGACAACACUUUUACCGCACAGCUUGUGGAUGAGCCGGCAACCCAGCGCUGUCUUGCCCUCCUCGUUGAACAACUCGCUAGGCCUGCAGUGCCUGCGGCAGCUGGUGUGCCUGGCGCUCCUGGAGAGGGCAUAGGCAACGCCAGCGUUACAGACGUUGGUACCGGUGGUGUUAGUGGGAUUAUCGAGGGUAAUAGCCCAAGCGUUGGUACUAAUGCCUCUGUUCCUCCCUCUUCCAACCCUCCUCCUAUGAAGACAGCACUAGAGGCGCAGGAAGGUGUGCCCAAGCCGGACAGCAGCUAA